UCUCGCGAGGGAGCGUAGCCGGGAUUUGGCGGCUGGCUGCCUCCCUCUCGCUGGCUGCGAGGAGCUGGUGUUUGUGUGGAAGGGGGAGGAGGAGGAGAAGGAAGGGAAGCAAGAGGAGCCCGAGCCCCACCAUCCGCCGAGGGGAGCGGACCGGAGCCCCCUCGCCGCCCGCGGAGCUCUCUUACCCCCCCCUCACCCCGCCAUGGCCUCGGGAGACACCCUGUACAUUGCCACGGACGGCUCGGAGAUGCCGGCCGAGAUCGUGGAGCUGCACGAGAUCGAGGUGGAGACCAUCCCGGUGGAGACCAUCGAGACCACCGUGGUGGGCGGCGAGGAGGACGAGGAAGAGGAGGACGAGGACGAGUGCUGCGAGGAGUGCGGCCCACACCACCCGCCCCACCACUACCACCACCACCAGCCCAUGAUCGCGCUGCAGCCGCUGGUCUCGGACGGGGACCCUAGCGGGGCGGGCGGCGGCGCGGCCGGCGGCGGCGGGGGACAGCUCCAUCUGCACCACCACCACCAGGAGGUGAUCCUGGUGCAGACCCGCGAGGAGGUGGUAGGGGGAGACGACUCGGACGGACUGCGGGCCGACGACGGCUUCGAGGACCAGAUCCUCAUCCCGGUGCCGGCCCCCGCCGGCGAGGACGAGUACAUCGAGCAGACCCUGGUCACCGUGGCCGCCGCCGGCAGCAAGAGCGGAGGCGGCGGCUCCUCCUCGGCCGGCGGAGGAGGCCGCGUUAAGAAAGGCGGCAGCGGCAAGAAGAGCAGCAAGAAGAGUUACCUGAGCGGGGGAGGCGGCGGCGGGGCCGAGGGCGGCGGCGGCAGGAAAUGGGAGCAGAAGCAGGUGCAGAUCAAGACCCUGGAGGGGGAGUUCUCGGUCACCAUGUGGGCCUCGGAUGAUAAAAAAGAUAUUGACCAUGAAACAGUGGUGGAAGAGCAGAUCAUUGGAGAGAAUUCUCCUCCAGAUUACUCAGAGUACAUGACAGGGAAGAAACUUCCUCCUGGUGGAAUACCUGGCAUUGACCUCUCAGACCCCAAACAACUGGCUGAAUUUGCUAGAAUGAAACCAAGAAAAAUUAAAGAAGAUGAUGCUCCACGAACGAUAGCUUGUCCUCACAAAGGCUGCACAAAGAUGUUCAGGGACAACUCUGCCAUGAGGAAGCAUCUGCACACUCAUGGCCCUCGAGUACACGUAUGUGCAGAAUGUGGCAAGGCCUUUGUGGAGAGCUCAAAACUAAAGCGACAUCAGCUAGUUCAUACUGGAGAGAAACCCUUUCAGUGUACGUUUGAAGGAUGUGGAAAGCGUUUUUCACUGGACUUCAAUUUACGCACACAUGUGCGAAUUCAUACUGGCGACAGGCCCUAUGUUUGCCCAUUUGACGGCUGCAAUAAGAAGUUUGCGCAAUCAACUAACCUGAAAUCUCACAUCUUAACACAUGCUAAGGCCAAAAAUAACCAGUGAAAGUUGGAGGAGAAAGUUCUUGAACUCAAAAGCAUCUUACAGGAGUAUGAAUUGGAAAUAAAUAUGCCUCCCCUUUGUAUAUUGUUUCUAGGAAAGAAUUUUAAAAAAAGAACCUACAAACUUAAAGGACGUGUUUUGAUAAGUAGUGAAUAAAAGAAAAAAAAAAAAAAACACCACAAAAAAAACUUUAAGGUGACGUUGCUAAGAUGCUCUACCUUGCUCUGUAAUCCCCUUUCAAGAACACGGUGUUUUGUAAAGUGUGGCCCCAACCGAAGGGGUCAGUUCAUGAACUUGCAUCAAAAAAGACGAUUCUUUAUACAACAGUGCUAAAAUUGGACUUCUUUUCACAUUCUUAUAAAUAUGAAGCUCACCUGUUGCUUACAAUUUUUUUAAUUUUGUAUUUUCCAAGUGUGCAUAUUGUACACUUUUUGGGGAUAUGCGUAGUAAUGCUAUGUGUGAUUUUCUGGAGGUUGAUAACUUUGCUUGCGGUAGAUUUUCUUUAAAAGAAUGGGCAGUUACAUGCAUACUUCAAAAGUAUUUUCCUGUAAAGAAAAGAAGUUAUAUAGGUUUUGUUUGCUAUCUUAAUUUUGGUUGUAUUCUUUGAUGUUAACACAUUUUGUAUAAUUGUAUCGUAUAGCUGUAAUGAAAUCAUGUAGUAUCAAAUAUUAGAUGUGAUUUAAUAGUGUUAAUCAAUUUAAACCCAUUUUAGUCACUUUUUUUGGAGAAAUACUGCCAGAUGCUGAUGUUCAGUGUAAUUUCUUUGCCUGUUCAGUUACGGAAAGUGGUGCUCAGUUGUAGAAUGUAUUGUACAGGCACUGACCUUUUAUUAACACCUGAUAAUAUGUACAUCCCAUGUAAUAGAAAGGGCAACAAUAAAACAGUGGUCCUAAAGAAAGAAUAUGGCAGAAAAUGAUCUGUAAGCACAGUCUAUUUUCUUUUGUUGUCCAGAGCAGUCCUAGUUCCUCUUGACCUCCCAGAAAUUGGAAGCUAAAUAAACUCAAGUUUCCUUU